GAAUGGCCGCUCAUUAUUGGGUCGGAGGAGAUGGAGGGCCCAGUCAUAAGGCCGGCCUGGCCAACGGAUCGAAGCGGCGACGCAGCUGGGCCAGCCCGUGGGAAGUGGACGAGAUGGGAUUGGCGUCAGCCGGAGGCACAUGUAGCAUCACUUACGAAGAGGCAGGAGGAGGAGGAGCUCUGGAUGGAGUCGGCGGACGGACGAGGAGCAUCAGUUUGAGCAGCGGCGACACGGAUAACGAGCAAGACGCCGCCGGAGGUGGUCACUCGUCAAGGGCCCGACAGGCCGGAAUUACCACCUCGUCGUCGGCUCUGUCGUCCGGCGAACUCAAAGUCCUGGCCGGACGGCACUCGACCCACUCACUCAACGACAUGGGAUUUCCCUUGAUUCCGGCGCUGCCGACGAAACCGCGCGGAAUGUCCAAGGACGGCGGUGGUGGCGGGCGGGACGGCGAUCCAUCCAAGUGGCUGUCGCCGCGCAUUUUGACGCUGCAGAAAUCCAUUUCCACUCCGUCGAUCCUGGCCGUCAAGGACGGGUCCAAUUUGACGGCCCUGACUUUGUCGAGCAUCAAGAACUCGACGGGCGGUUCCAAUUCGGCCAGCAGCGCGGCAUCCGUCACCAUGGCCGCCGCUAUCAUUGGCCCUUCCGUCGGACCCGGCCCUUCCGCCGCCGGAAUGAUGGCCAAGGAAACGCAGGGCAUCCUGAUGACGGCCACAGCGGCUGGACCGACUUCGUAA